AUGGAACCCCACCUCUCCUCUACAAACACUCAACAUCUUCUCGAACAACAACCACUAAUCACCGCCACCACCACCACAAAAAACUCUGGAAAACUAGCUCUAAUCCCACUAGUUUUCCUCAUCUUCUUUGAGGUAUCAGGAGGUCCAUAUGGUGAAGAACCUGCUGUGGGUGCUGCAGGGCCUCUUUGGGCCAUAUUGGGCUUCCUCAUAUUUCCCUUCAUUUGGAGCAUCCCUGAGGCCCUUGUUACCGCCGAGCUCGCCACCGCCUUUCCGGGUAACGGCGGCUUUGUCAUCUGGGCUCAUAAGGCCUUUGGGCCGUUCUGGGGCUCCAUGAUGGGUUCGUGGAAGUUCCUUACUGGUGUCCUGAACUUGGCUUCAUAUCCAGUUCUUUGCAUAGACUAUCUCAAGUUAGUCUUUCCAGUUUUCUCUUCAGGUGUGCCUCGCUAUAUUGCCAUAUUGGUCUCAACUUUGGUGUUGUCUUUUCUAAACUAUACAGGUUUGGCCAUUGUGGGUUACACUGCUGUUACUUUAGGCAUCGUGUCACUUUCGCCAUUUGUGGUCUUGACUUUGGUUUCCAUCCCCAAGAUUGAUCCUUCAAGGUGGAUCAGUUUGGGACAAAAGGGUGUCCAAAAAGAUUGGAGGUUGUUUUUUAAUACUCUGUUUUGGAACUUGAACUUUUGGGACAGUGCUAGUACUUUAGCUGGUGAAGUUGACCAACCUCAAAAGACUUUUCCAGUAGCCCUUUUAUCUGCUGGCUUGCUAGCUUGUUUAGGCUACUUAGUACCUCUUUUAGCUGCGACAGGGGCUAUCCCAUUAAAUCAAGAAGAUUGGACUGAUGGCUAUUUUGCUCAUGUAGCUGAAAUCAUUGCUGGGAAAUGGUUGAAAUUUUGGAUGGAGAUUGGUGCAUGUUUAUCUAUUAUUGGAUUAUUUGAAGCACAAUUAAGUAGUUGUGCAUACCAAGUUUUAGGCAUGGCUGACUUGGGAUUCUUGCCACAAUUUUUUGGGAUGAGAUCAAAGUGGUUUAACACACCUUGGGUGGCAAUUUUGGUCUCCACAGUAAUAGCAUUAGCAGGUUCUUAUAUGGAUUUUGCAGACAUAAUUUCUUCAGUGAAUUUCUUGUACAGUUUGGGUAUGUUGUUGGAAUUUGCAUCAUUUUUAUGGUUAAGGAGAAAAAUGCCGGACAUAGACAGGCCAUUUAGAGUUCCGAUGGGGUUGCCUGGUUUGGUAAUAAUGUGCUUGAUUCCUACAGUGUUUUUGGUCUAUGUUAUGACUGUGGCAGCAAGAACUGUGUAUAUAGUGAGUUUUAUUUUGACUGUUCUUGGGAUUUUAUGGUACUUCUUCAUGAAUUUCUGCAAAUCAAAGAUGUGGUUCCAAUUUCACAACACAGCAGAAAAACCAGUAUGUGAGGAUUAG